GCAUGUGUUUAUUUUGCCUCUGUCUUUCAAGCUAUGUCCUGUGGUAUCCAUUACUUAUCAUCUGUGUUCAUGGCUGUUACUCCUAACUUUGUGUGUGGUAUCCCUGGAAAUGUGAGCAGUGCUCUUUUCUCCAACUCCUCUGAAUCAAGCAUAGAGGACAUCUGGACACUAUGGUCAUCAGCAGAAAAUUACAUUGUAGUGCAGCUGGAAAAUGGAGACAUUUGGGAACUCAACCAAUGCAGCAGGGCCAAACGAGAAAUCAGUUUGGAUCUGACAUAUGAAUACAAAGGCAACAAGUCCAUCUUUUCCUGUUCUGAUGGGUUUCUCUACGAUGAUACAAAGUGGAAGAGCACUGUUGUUACGCAGUGGGAUCUGGUCUGUGAGCGAGAGUGGCUUGCAAAAUUAAUCCAGCCAACCUUCAUGCUUGGAGUCUUGGUUGGAGCUGUGAUUUUUGGUGACAUUGCUGACAGGCUGGGAAGGCAGCGUGUCAUUUGGUUCACGAGCACCGGGCAGUUUGUGUUUGGCAUCGCAGUGGCCUUCACUUUUGACUACUACAGUUUUGUGAUUGUGCGCUUCCUCCUCGCUAUGGUUUCCAGUGGCUAUCUGGUUGUGGCUUUUGUUUAUGUGACUGAAUUUGUUGGCAUUAAGGCACGAACCUGGGCUUCUAUGCAUGUCCAUGCUUUUUUUGCUGUGGGAAUUAUGGUUGUGGCACUCGUGGGAUUUUUGGUUCGGACCUGGUGGGUCUAUCAGAUAUUUCUCUCUCUAGCAACUCUUCCCUUUGUCUUGUGCUGCUGGAUGCUCCCAGAAACACCUUUUUGGCUCCUGUCAGAGGAAAGAUAUGAAGAUGCACAAAAAGUGAUUAAUGUAAUGGCAAGAUGGAAUAAAGCAAGUACUCCCUGCAAAGUCUCUGAACUGUGCUCAGUCCAACAAGAAGAUCUAGCCAGUGGUGGAAGGGGUGACAAUGACACAUCCUCAGCAAAGAAGCACAACAUCUUAGACCUCUUCUGUAACUGGCACAUUGCAAGAAGGACCAUCACAGUCUGGCUGAUCUGGUUCACUGGGAGCUUGGGGUACUACGUCUUCUCCCUCAGUUCUGUCAGUCUAGGAGGCAAUGAAUAUUUAAAUCUCUUUCUCAUAGGUGCUGUGGAGUUGCCUUGCUACAUCAUUGCUUGCAUUGCAAUGGACAAACUGGGAAGGAGAAACACACUCAUUCCGUUCCUUAUUUUAAGUGCACUGAUCUGUGUUUUAAUUAUGUUCAUACCUCAGGACUUCAAUAUAUUAAUUAUCUUAGCAAAUAUGGCCGGAAAAUUUUCAAUAGGUGUGGCAUUUGGCCUUAUAUAUCUCUACACAGCAGAGCUGUACCCAACAAUUGUAAGAUCCCUUGCUGUUGGAAGUGGAAGCAUGAUGUGCCGUGUGGGAAGCGUGGUUGCUCCUUUCUGUGUGUAUCUGAGAAGUCUUUGGAUUUUCAUGCCACUUCUGCUUGUUGGAAUCAUGGCUCUUCUGAGUGGAAUAUUAACAAUAAUGCUUCCAGAAACACUGGGAAAACCAUUGACUAAUACUUUGGUGGAAGCUACAGAAAUGGGAAGAAACAAGAAAAGCUGUUCAGAAAAGGUUCCUGCAGCACACAGUGGUGCCACGUUAGAAAAGAUAGAGAUGUUUGGUCAAGAAGCAGGCAGCACUGAGAAAUAA